GCUCAGGCUGCAUUGUCCCUCACGUUGUUCCAGGCUUACGUUGUUGUCUUGUUUCUUGGCUCUCUGUCUCGUCGGGGUCAGGGCCAGAGCCCGAGCCCGAGCCCAGCCCGGGGCGCAGCCGCAGCCGGCAGCGGGGGCCGCCGCCCCCUGUGGGCCUCCCGCCGCCGCCAACAUGGUGUCCCCGGUCACUGUGGUAAAGAGUGAAGGACCUAAACUGGUCCCUUUCUUCAAGGCCACUUGCAUCUACUUUGUGCUGUGGCUGCCUGCCUCCAGCCCGUCCUGGUUCAGCGCACUCAUCAAAUGCUUACCCAUCUUCUGCCUCUGGCUGUUCCUGCUGGCACACGGACUUGGCUUCCUGCUGGCCAACCCCAGCGCCACCCGAAUCUUCGCAGGGCUCAUCUUCUCUGCAGCGGGUGAUGCCUUCCUCAUCUGGCAGGACCAGGGCUACUUCGUGCAUGGACUGCUGAUGUUUGCAGUGACCCACAUGCUCUAUGCUUCAGCCUUUGGCAUGCAGCCCCUGGCUCUGCAGAGAGGCCUAGUGAUAGCAGUGCUUUCUGGACUCUUCUAUGCCUUCCUCUACCCUUAUCUGUCGGGCCCUUACAUCUACCUCGUGGGAGCCUAUGAGGCACUCAUUGCUUUCAUGGGCUGGAGGGCCGUGGCAGGCCUGCGACUGGUCGGGGCACAUUGGCGCUGGACAGAACUGGCUGCGGGCAGUGGAGCCGCCCUCUUCAUCAUCUCCGACGUGACCAUUGCCAUCAACAAAUUCUGCUUCCCUGUCCCCUACUCUCGAGCCGUCAUCAUGGCCACCUAUUAUGCUGCUCAGAUGCUCAUUGCACUCUCUGUUGUAGAGAGCCGAGACCUGGGUGGAGACUUGGGAUUGAGCAAGGUGGACUGAGCAGGGCAGGGGGCCAGGGUCCAUGGUAACCCAAAGCCCUCCUGCCCUCUUCCCCCCUCUUCCCAGCACUGGGUCCCAGGUCCCAGGGGUUUUCAAGGAAUGGAGCAGAAUAUCUGGAGUUCCAUCCCUGGACUGUGCGAGGUGCUGAAAUGGGCCAGGAUUCUGGGUAUCACCAGGGGAGGUGAUCUUUACCAACACAAGUUUUGGUGGGAAGGCCAAGAAUUGGGAACUGGACAAAUAAAGACAGAUGGCUCUAGGUGAUGUUUUGGAGUGGGAGGGGAACCAGGGAUUCCUCUCCUCCUUGGGCCUGUUGGGGGCCUUUUCCUCUCUUCUGUGGCACAGGGCAGGGAGAAGGGCAAGAACAACUCUCUUUUCCCUGGCCAGCACAGAUGACUUGGGAUGCAUGGGGACAAAUGGAAAGACUGGGGCCUUGCAGACAUCAUCCCUCCUCUUGUGUCUAAACUGGUAAAGGGUGCCUCCUCAGACCCAGAAUUCAUAGAGGAGUACUCUCUGCUGAGAGAUGGCUGGGGGUGGCACAGCUGAGGAGGUGCUGGGCUUGUCUUGAUGCUGGCAGUCUUCAGGUUGCUUCCUUUAUACUUGAACAAGUUAAUGUGGGAGGACCCUCAGUCUGGGGAAGGUGUCUGCUCUGGCCUGGAUUCCUCCUGGUGCUCUUUCAAGGUUGCUCUCCCUGCAGCUGGACUCCCUGCUCUUUCAACCCCGAGCCAUCCUCUCCUUCUCUGGAGAAGCUGACUGUCCACCUGUCUUCUCAGGUUGGGCCCCAGGAGCAGAGGGGCCUGGGCUUCUCUUGCUGAUGCUGUAAUGUGUCAGCUCAUAUGGGGGAGGGAGAGCAGCCAAAGGAAGGGGAUCUUUUUACUCCUUCAUGGUUUCCCUCUGGCGGGACCCCUCUUUCUGGGUUUCUUUCUGUCUCUUGACUUGGGCAGCAAUACUAGAAGUUAUUUUUCUCCAGGCCUAGCCCAAGUUGUAAUCUGAAUCAAGGCGCUCGCGCCUCCUUUCUCUGCUUCCUAUUUCUCUACCCUAGCCCCAAUAUGUUUUCCUUUCUGCCUUUCUUGGGGGCUGAUGGGGAAUCCUGUUACUGAGGCACGUUCAAUGCAAAUGGAUAGAGAAGGGUGGGACCGGCUCUGGCUGCUUUGUAUGGCAAACAAUAAAACCAGGGGCCUUGUGUCCAUCCUGCUCUGA